UCCCGCCGCGUGGGUGGGGAGCGCGGCCGCCGAGGACCCGUCGGGUCGGGAGACGGGAACCACGCGCCGCGGGUCGCGUCCCUGGUCUCAGGUUCCGCACACUUCCGUCCCUGCAACGAUGGGGAGGCCACUCGGUGUACCGUCACUUUCAAUUGUUAUCUGUAGAAUGUAGCUCCACGAUUGUCCCUUCCUCAUAAGCGGGUUGUGAAGCUGAGAAAGGAAGUGAAGCGAGUUCGAGUUUUGGUUAUCCGAAAACUUGUCAGGAGUGUUGGCAGACUGAAGUCCAAAAAGGGCACUGAAGAUGCACUGUUGAAAAAUCAGAGACGAGCCCAAAGGUUGCUUGAAGAAAUUCACGCCAUGAAGGAAUUGAAACCUGAUGUCAUAACUAAAUCCGCUCUUGGUGAUGAUAUCAGCUUUGAAAAAACUUGCAAAAAGCCAGAUUCUACUGCAACUGAAAGAGCAAUUGCCAGAUUAGCAGUUCACCCUCUUCUAAAGAAAAAAGUAGAUGUGCUAAAAGCUGCUGUGCAAGCCUUCAAAGAUGCAAGGCAGAAUGCUCCUGAAGCUCAGUCAUCAAAGAAUACUUCAGAAGAAAGCCAGUGUAAGGACACUCGGUGUUCAAAGGAUGAUGCAGGCGAGUCACAGCAUCAUGAGAGAACUGUUGACAGGGAGCAGAGAGCAAAAGAAGCUAAAACAGUAACAAAGAAAGCUGUAAGUGAUUCAAAAGAAAAAACGGCCAUGAUAGAGCAUGGACCCAAAGCAGAGGCCAGUCCAUGUUCUCCAGGGAUGCCUUCGGGAAAGGAUACCAUGGCUACUUCUGCACACCAGAAGGCGUCAUCCACUGACUCAAAACGGCAAGCCUCACCCAAAACCACAAAGACAGAGAGUGAAGGCACCCUUGGUGAGAACAGUGGCAGCGAGGAAGAGGUAAGUGAGAGUGAGAAGGAGUACUUCGACGACAGCACUGAAGAAAGGUUCUAUAAACAGUCUUCUGCGUCCGAGGACAGUGACAGUGGUGAUGACUUCUUCAUUGGAAAAGUCCGACGGACACGAAAGAAGGAAAAUAGUGUCCGGUCCUCAGCUAAGGAACAGAAACCCCUCCCAAAGGUCUCGCCCAAAGCUAAUACCCUUGAAACCCUUUGGGAUACACGAAAUGAUAAACACAAGCUGAUCCCAGAAGCCCGGAAGUUAGAAUCCGUGUUUUUCCACUCUUUGUCUGGACCUAAAAGCUCCAGAAGGGAUCCCAGAGAACAGGCCCCGAAGAGUAAAGUUCCAGAUUUUCCAGAAGAUGAACUUCCAGUCAAGAAUGAGUUUGGAAAGAGUGCACGCAGAGGGUUUGAGCGUGUGAGGCAACAGGUGCAGGCUCCUCUGCACCCUUCUUGGGAAGCGAGCAGGAGAAGGAAAGAGCAGCAGUCCAGAAUCGCCGUGUUUCAGGGGAAAAAAAUCACAUUUGAUGAUUGAUUGAUUGAUUCCUGCCUUUUCUGCCAAAAUUUUUGUUUUUAUUUUUAACUAGCCUAUUUAAAUAAGUCCUUUUGAAAGUUAAAAAAUAUAUUGCUUGUCUUUCCUUUUAUGUGUGAGUUUGGGGAGUGUUUAUAUAAUCUUUUACAGAUCUCUAAAUUUGAUUUAUAAGAGUGUUUGCCCCAAAUUAUUUCUUAUAUAAUUUAGAAGUUACAAAAUUUUAGGUCCUAUCAUCCAUGAUUAUGAAAUAUAUUUCACUAGUUAAACUUUACCUAUUGUCUUAAAAAAUAAGGCAAAACGGGGCUGAUGAGGUGGUUCACUCCUGCAAAGCUCAUGACCCCUGAAGUUCUCAUAGUGUAAGGACAGAGCCAACUCGCAAAAGUUGUUCUCUGCACAUACACAAGUGUGGCACAUGCUUGUGUAAAUACGCUCACACACAAUGAUGUGAUAAAAACGUAGUGUUAAGCAGCUUGCUUACGUAUAGUAAUCAAAAACUGAGUUCUCCACCCCUGCAAUAAGUAUCUCCACUUAAUGAAGAACGUAUAUCUAGAAAUCCUAAUUUCUUCUGUCCACUUGUAUAUGUUAACAGUAGAGCAAGUACUGGAUAGGAAAUGUUCGUGAUACAGGAAAGAACAUGGUGUCUAGUUAUUCUAGCUAUAUAUUAGUUUUGAGGGCACAGUACUGGGAAUUGAACUAGGACCUUAGACAUACUAGGUCUUCUUCAUGCAUUAUCACUGAGGAGCUUCCUGUGUGGCUCAGGCUAGCCUAGUUUUUUACUUUCCCAGUGCUGAGAAGCAGAUGUGUUCCACCACGCCUUGCAUUGAAAUGUUUGUAGAAGAGGCCUCAAGGGUUAACCUAAGUACAAGUUCUAGAAAAAGGUGGGAUUAAAGUGUCUUAGUAGAGGAGAUGGGACCCCUAAAGAGCCACCUACUUUAUGGGUAGCUGGGAGCAAAGAAUUUUUUGAAAGGUCUUUAUUUUACUGGUGAGGAAGACAUGAAAGAUCAUUGGUUAGUUAAGGAAUGCUCACUGAAUUCCAUGUUGCCUACACGUUUAGUGCUCUUAGAAGAAGGUUAGGCCUUCCACUCAGCCCGCAAGCAUGAGCUACCAAGUCCAGGUUCUGUUUUACGAACAUAGGAAUGUCAGUAGCUAGAACAAUGGAAUUCAGAUUGUGGUAUAGAUGUGAGGGUUUUUUUCUUCAAACUGUACGUCAUUCCCUGCACGUAUGCACACAUGUGCACACAUACACAAUUUCAUUUCCUGCUGCAGUUGUGCCAUGGAGGCUUUACAGUGGCAGUGGACUUCUCUUAGCACCUGGCUUGCUUCUGCUUUGCUGCAGUGACUCCAGGUGGAACAGCUGCUAGUGUAGGGUAGGGCUGCUCUGUGUCUGGUGACUUUGCCCUAAUGUCUGGAGAUGCUUGGGUUACAUGAGAGGUACUACAGCUAACAUAGUGUAGGUGCACUGCUGAACUCUCUAGUGUAAACAUGUCUGGGUUUUGAGCCUAAAAUGUUAUGAUUCAAAGGUUGAAACCCCAAGGUUUAUGGCUCUGAUUGCCAAACUUGAAUAUUGUUCUAGUACCACAAAUUGCCUGGGCCUGUGUGAGAUCCCACACAUUGCAUAGGAGGGAACCCAUCUGCACAUCUCUGUUCUUCCUCUUCGAUAUUUAGCCUCACAACUUCUGCCAACAUCAUCACACUCACACUGGUGAGUGGGGAGGCAUGCCUCUAUUCUGCAGUACUGCAGCCCAAGAGUGGUCUGUGUUAGCUGACACCUUUGCAGACAGCAGAGUCAGCCACUUAGUACUUGUUUUCUUGUUUCUCUCUAAGCUGAUGACAUGUGGUCUCAAAACUCCUGGAACCAACUGAGUUCUCUGAACUCAGGAGUUAGUCAGUCUUGCAGUAAUUCAAGGAGUGUUUGUGUCAGAAACUGCCAGCUUCUUGAUAAAACAAUGAUGGUUGUCACAACUUAAUUUUCCCAUCCCCUACUAUAGACCCAUGGUAGCCUUGCAAACCAGCAGUGCGUUAUCACAACGAAGAGUAGCCUGGCACCCGCAGGAAAUAAACAACCUCACAUAUUUACAUCUACAGGGACAUUCCUAAGAAUUGCCUGACUGGAUGGUUACUCACUGGAAGUCGCCCACGUGUGUAUUUGGUGGGAGUAAGACUUUCUUAGCUUCAAAAAUACAGAUAGUUUGACAUUAUGGCUGCCAUAGGAAGAAGAAAUCUGUUGAGGUAAGCAGUACUUUAACCAAAAAGCCUAGAGGGAAAUCUGAAGAAGUUAAUGUCUGUUGAUAGGGCUUUGGAAGUUUCUGACGUUUUCUAAGAGUUAUCAUGCACAAGCACAGGCUGUGACCAAACUGGAACACCCUCAACUCUCCCCAGGCAGGGAGAUCACACCCCAAUGGAUAAGUGAUGAAAACAUGUCUGUGCAGACACUCAACAGUACUGCUUCCAGCAUUUAAGGGAAUCUGUUGAGUUAGCACAACAGUAGGCUACAUGAACCAGACUUCUGUGGCCUUACACAUCAAAAGAACUCAAAAAUAACUCAGAAACCAUCACCAGCCUUAAACAGGCAUAGCGGACUGAUUUUACAAGUAUUUAAUGUAUCAUAUUUUCAACAAAAUGAGAUAUGCACAAGGAAGCAGGAAACAGCCAUAAGCAGAACUUGAGGAGGGGCAUGUGUUGCAGCUAAAAAUAAAAUAAUGAAUUAGAAAUUAAAAAGAAAGGUAUGGUCCACAUUGUCUGUAUUGUAGCACUCAAGACUGAAGUGGACAGAUUGAAAAUGAGAUUAAGCUAACUCAAGAAAGAAAAUUUUGAAGUUAGUGCAUUUUCCAAACUAAAAAGUUGAGAAGGGCUCCUAUGUUGAUUGAGAUUAUGCACUUUGAAGAACAGGAAAUAAAAGAUUAAGGGGCUUGAAAGAUAGCUCAAAGAUGGUAGCAUUUGCUGUGUGGUUUUUUUGAGGGACAAAAAUCUCAGCACCCAAGAGAAGGGUGGUGUCCUGCAAAAGACCUGUAACUCUAGCUCCAAGGAUUGUCUGACGCUUCUGGUCCCUACAUGGGCACACACAGUUGUGUACAUACAUUCAUGUAUCAUACAUUAAAGAGCAAACCAAACAAUCGGAUUUUUUUAUGUAACCAGAGUUCAUAGCUGUAUUUUUCAAAGACUAGGAAAUCAUUCACAUCAAAACUUCAACAUGAAUAUUCAUAGUACAAAUAAUAGCUACACAACCAAAAUACCUAAACAAAAGGUGAUCCUCACAUGCAGUGAUUAUUCAUCCAUAAAGAAAAAUGAGGUAUUGUUUUUAUAGUAUGGGUGGGCCAUGAGGACACACUAAUUGAAAGAAACCUUGGGCCGGUUAUCUGUCCCUCUGUCACAGUCUGCUUUGGUGUAGUAGACAAUGCCCACCAAACAGCUCUUGGCUCUUUGGAAAUUAUGGGCAGCCAGUCUAACCAACAUUUGGUACCAGUUUUGAAAAGCACGAUUCUUGCAGCCUCCGUGGUUUUCAGCAUGGCUCAGGUUAGCCACAAAGUCAUAUGGUUUCCAUUUUGUGUCACUUCUUGGCCUGCUUAGUCAGAACACCAAGUCAUAAGACCAAGUGCAAGAACAUGAAAGGAGUUUGUCAUAUGUAGGGCUCUUCCUCUAGACAAAGUUUUGUGUAAUUUGGAAAACAAUAUUACCAGGUCGAUUUCAUUUCCCUUGUUGUCAACCAAUGCUUUGUUGCAUAAGAGCCCAUGAACAGACUGAAAGUUGUUCAAUUGGAAAUUCAAUCUUAAGAUUGUCUCUUGUCCUCUAUGUGUGUCUUCUCCUGUGUGUCCAAUGUAGGCUCAUCUCCACAAGUCCAGAGGUGUAUUUGAGCUCCCUUAUUCUGAUGGAACAUUGUCUAAAUGCUCUAGAGUUAGUCCACAUUCAGCUGUAACAAUUCAGAAGAUGAGCUGAACACCUCUGGAGCUCUGGUUCCCAGCCUUCCUGAUGCUGCAGCCCUUUAAUACAGUUCCUCAUGUUGUGGUGACCCCACGCCAUAAAAUUAUUUUUGUUGCUUCUUCAUAACUCUAAUUUUCCUACUUUGCUAGGGGAUUGUGACCCAUAGGUUGAGAAUUACCGCUCUAGAGCAACCGCAUUUUCUGUUCUCUAUUAAAAGUCAGCCAGACCAUAGCCUGUGGCUCCUAGAAGACGGCUGUACUAGAUCUGACUUUUUCUCACCACCUACCUCAAUUCUCUGAUGGAGUCAAGAACGGUUCGUUUUCUAAUUUAUCCAGUUCAUAUUUUUCUAACGAUCUCAGCUUCCUGUAUUCUGUGUCCCAGUUCCAUGGCUGCCACAUCAUUUAUGCUAUAGACUUAACUUGUUACAUAACCGAGUUCAUAAGUCACUAACCUUCCCGUCUGUGCUUUAUGUCUUGCUUAAGAAAGCCUACCCAGUGCAGGGAAAAAAAAUCUCAUAAACCUUGAGCAUCCCUGCUAUCUUGCUCGACAUGCCAAGAAUUCCAGGACCUGUUGACUUUUCACCACGUUCACUUCUCAGGCUGUAUUUAUGCUGACCAAUCACAAAGGAUGGGUACUACCUUCCUAGCACAAAAUGUUCCCCUCCCCCAGUACAAUCCACUACAUCUGCAAGAGUCUACAAUGGUUCAUUGUGUUUCCUCUGCAGGACUUUGAACAAUAUACGCAUGUAGGAAAGGUCACCAUAUGGCUCGGGUUACUCAAACUUUGCACAUUCCCAAGAUUUGCCUGUCUUCCAGACUGGUCCUUUGGGGAAACAAGCUCUGAACUAACAUUCCUGACUGAAAAGAAUUGUUUGUAUGUGUAAGAACUUGGGCCAAUUGAAUACUUGUUUGAUCAGAUAGUGUGUUUAGCAAAGUGAUUUAUGAGUAUUGUGUACCCUGGGGAAACAGAGGCUAGGUAGCAAAGAUCAAUCAUGAAAGUGUGUGUUUGUGUGCGCGCGUGUAUGUAAAUUGAUCCAAUAUAAACCUAAGACAUCAAGGUUCAGGUGAGCAUGCUUGCUUGGAAACACAUCCAAAGGAUGGUAAUAUAUCAUUACAAGAAGUAAGCACAAUCUGGAAAAAUCCUCUAAUUAGGACCUCACUCUUGUCUGCUUCCUAGGAGAUUAACGAGGUUGACAAUGUGAUCAAUGAGUAACUGCUAGAAAAGGGAUUUGUGUUCAGCAUUUCUUUGCUCUAGGAGACUGAAGCAUGAAGUGCUAAAAUUAGACAGGUUGACAGUUUGCACCUUUGUGACAGAUUCCUCAUUUUAAAAGAAGAAAGAAAAAAGAAAGCUCUCAUCACUAGGAUUCAGGUGAACUUCUCAGACUGACAUUUCAUAUUUAUGAUGUCAUUACAUGGAAUGUGUUCAUGACUCCACUGAGAGGACGCCUAGACACCUGCUGUCUCUUGAAAGACAAGUCAUGUCCCUUUUCCCUGUGCUAAUUUUAAUCUGUAUCCUAUCAUGAUGAUGGUGGUGGUGAUGAUGAUGAUCAAGAAGCACAAAGCAUUCAACAGGUACAACAGCUUUUUCUGAGUCCUUUGAGUCUUUCUGGUGAAAUAUUAAGGCUUGGGGCUGGCAUAGGCAUCAUAUCCAUGCUGUGUGUCUUGUUUUUACUGUGAGUAAUAAAAAUUGCUUGGUUCUGAUCCAGCAUCUCAUUCCUCCACUCAGCCAUGGAAGUUCUCAUGCCCUGUAAAGUUUAUGAUAUCCCCAAAUAACCCUGCUAGUCUUCUAGAACUUUAAUAGCUCAUGUUGAAAUGUGUAUUCCUAAUCCAUCUGGAAUUUAUCCCUCUGCAUUCUGGCAGAUUAGCAAACUACUUAAUCAAACUAAUUAUUAUAGUACUCAAGUAAUCUACAUUUCUUAGUUCAUUCUCUGUGUGAGAGAGAGACAGAGACAGUGAGAUUUCUCAUGUCUUAUUGUUUUUUUGUUUGUGUCAGUUUGGCUAGGUUCAGUUUUGCUUGGUUUGGUUUGGUUUCGUUUCAUUUUUUGAGACUGGGUCUCAUCAGUCCAAGCUAUCCUCAAAAGCCUAACAAAUUGUCUGCCUCAGCCUCCUUACUGUGAAAUAACCUCUCUUGAAUUAGGUUUAAGUCAUGUAACUUUAGGAUUAUGUAAGUCAUAAACAGAAUGAGGAAGAAAAUCAUGUCAAUCACCUUUAGUUGUUGCCCACAGGAAUUCUUUAUUUUGUUUGAUCCCAUAGUUGGGUGCUCCCUCACCAUCUUUAAGAUGAAGGAGCACCUGUCGUCUGAAAGAACUGUGAGGGACUUUUCUCUUUGUAAGUCACCCAGACUUGAGUGUUCAAAUACUACUGUGUUAAGCUAAAGAGAAAUUCUAUUAAAAGUUAGUGCAUGUAGCCUAUUCUGGUGCAAAAUUUGGUGCUGGAAGGAGAAUGGGCAGACUCCAAAAUACAUAGCACAGCUAGGAAGAGAUUUACUAUUCUGGUGUAAAGAAUGGGAAAUUUGUGUUAUAUGACAAUUAUUAAAGAGGUCAUUUGUGAUUAUUUGGACAUUGGACUUCAUGCCUACUGACUUCUUUUCUCAGGGUGAAGGUAAGAACUUUUACUGUUUAGUUUAAUGUUAUUUUUGUUUGUUUUUAUCAAAGGAAUGGAUUUUAAAAGGCAAGAAAUAAACAGUUUGCAGUUUGCAGAUAAAAUAGGCACAAAAAGAAAGGAAAAUUCAAUGGUUUUCAAUGGUUUUAGUUCCAAACAAUAAGUUAAAUUGAGACUUCUGGCUCCAGCAUAGGCAUAAGGAAAUGUAUAGUAUUACCUCCUAAAUAUGUCAGCCUUGAAAUAUGGAGGCAAAGGGGAAAACAGAAGACUUGAGAGCUACCAUUAGGAAAGAAUCUUGGGAGGGUACUACUUGCAUAGAUAAUCAACCACAUAUCUUUAUACUAAAUUAUUCAUAAUGUCAGAAACAUUGUAAGGGUCAACUUCAGCUGAUUUUGAAUUGCCUGUUAUAAAAAAUGUGUCUGUGCCGCUGUAGUUGUUUAAAGAGGACAGAUGUGACAGAUUGUAUAGUCCCCAAGGAAGGGUACAGUCCUCAUCAUAGAUUUGAGUGUGCUCUAUUAUGGUAAUAAACAAAAAAGAACCUCCAAGAGGAUGGGAAGUAGCCCAAGAGGAUUAUAAAGAGCAGCAAAGAGAUAGUUCUUUCUAAAAGCAAAUUAAAUUCCAAGAAAUAUCCUCAUUUCAGAGCAGAGGACUUCAGAAUGCCCACUCAAGGGGUAUGAUUACCUCAGAUCUCAGCCCUCCUCCCUUAUUACCUUGGCUAAAUAGUAGUUCUUGUUUUUUGAAGCAUCUCUCUGCGGACACUGUGGUAUGUUGGGGCUAGUGGCAGUAGAGAGGUUUUCAUAUGUGUGUUAUUUGUGCAAGGGUCACUGGACCUCAAGGAACCGUCUCCAGAGCUGAUAGGAAACUCAGGACUCACAGAUCUCCCACGCAGAGCCAAUGCCGUAACAGUGUGGGAUUUUGAAUUGGCUCCCAUGAGGAAGGAAGGAUUCAUUAUAUUCUAAGUGUGGUAGGAUAUUUAAUAACAAGUGAUAAUAUGGUAGAAAAUAAAUUCCAUUGAUUAAAUGUUCAUUGAAUCUUUUUGCCCCAUUUUGGCACCUGCUUGAAUUGCAUCUCCCUCCCAGCUUCCUGGAAAGAAUAUGGAAUUCCAAUGGAAUAUGGGUAAAAAUGGUUAUGUCACUUUUGCCUGUCUCACAGAACAUUAGAGAAACUCUUCCCUGUACCCAUUAGAUAUUACUGUCUUGAGCAGCUUUGAGAGACAGUGUUUAAAGGCAGUGAAGUUCUGUUUGCCAAGGUCUCUCAGUGGUGAAAUGGAAAAGGAACUCCAGACCGUAUCCAGCCAUAUCCAGUUGCCUGUUGAACUUCAGUCACAUAAGCAAGCAAGCAAGAAGUGGCCGGUAAGUCAUUGGGAAUAUCUGGUAAGUCACUGUAGUUAUGAUCUAACACAUGUUCGUUGUGACAUAGGGCUUUUUUCAAAUGUGAUUAUUGUUUUAAUGUUAUUGUUGAGUAACUGGGUUAUUCUUUCAUUACAAAUUUGAAGUAUCAUCAUAUAUGUGGUAACAUAAUCCUAGUUGGUCUCUGUGUCUGAAUUGCUCUGUCUGUCUGUCUCACUCUGUGUGUGUGUGUGUGUAUGUGUAUGUUUGCAUGCACACACACAUACCCUCAUCUCUUUAUCCCAUGAAAUACUACACUGAGGUCAUCACAGUUUUAUGUUUUACUCUGAAAGCCAGUAUCCAGACUUAACUCUUAUAUUAAUUACUCAUUGCUGCGAUGCGGUGUCUGUAAAGGGCACUUUAAAGGAUGAAGUGUUUAUUGUGGCAAUUGGGCUGAAUGUGCAAUCCAUCGUGGAGGGGGAACCAUGGAAAUGGGAAUGUGAGGUGCUGAUGGCUUGGCAGUCUACAGAUGGAAGAGAGUGGCCCACAGCUCAAACAUGUUCUCUAAUUAAUUGCAUAAAACUAAGCCUUUGAAGAACUAUGGAGUUGAAGAACAAACAAUAUAUGUGAAGACACGUUCAGUAGCUGAAGUAUGAUGUCAGCCUGCAGAAAUCAAGUAGCCUUACACUGGACACUGGAAUGUUGUUUGUCCUUGGAACAUGUGUUUCUCUUCAUGAGUAAACUUGUUUUGAAAGAAAGUCGUUCUCCAUGUUGUUUUCAGAAUAAAAUUAAAAGGAUGUUUUUCAGUGAAGACAGCCAAAACUUAGAGGGUCAAUGAAGGGAUGCGGGUUAUUAGUGUUUAUUUUUAAACCAAACAUGGUAUGAAUAUUUCACAGCGAAUUUAGCUCCCUCUGUCAUGGACGGAAGUUCACAGUCCUCACACAUGCUAGCAAGCAACCAGCUUAGGUCAUCUCCAAAGUGUGAGGUAAAGCAGGUAACAGUGAGUUUUUUCUCGUGUCUUUAUUUUGCCAUAGGUGCCAUCUAUAAUAAAGGAAAGGUCUUGGGGUUUCUAUUGUUUUGAUAUAAUACCAUGACCACAAAUAAGUUGGGAUGUGGUGUUUUUCAUCUUAAAGCUUGCAGGUCAUCAUCCAGAAAAGUCAGGGGGGAAGGAAUUCAAAGCAAGAACCUGGAACCAGGAAAUGAAGCAAAGGCCUUUGAGGAACGCUGUUUGAUGGCUUAUACCCCCUAACUUUUUCAUAGCUUCCUGGACCACUUGUUCAGGGGUGAGCUGGGCUCCCAACAUCAAUCGCCAAUCAGGAAAACACACUACAGGCUUGCCCUCAGGCCAGUCUGGUGGGGUUAUUUUCUCAUUUGAGGUUCCCUUUCCCAAAAGACUCUAGUUGCUGUCAAAAUAAAAAAAAAAAAAAAAAAAAAAAAAAAAAAAAAAACACAAAA